AUGGCCCUGGCCCGGGCGGCGGGGCGAGCAGGUGCCGCCGCGGCGCUGGCUCUGCUGUGGCUGCUGGUCUGCGCCCCGGGGGACGCCGACUGCCGCUUCCUGACCGUGGCCGAUCUCUUCGACCGGGUGAUCCGGCACUCGGGCAGGAUCCACAGCCUCUCCACGGCGCUCUACGCCGAGCUGGAAAAACACUUUCCUCCCCGUGACAACGAGCUGGGGAAGCCCGCUCGGAGGUGCCACACGUCGGGGAUGCUGACCCCCAACGGCAAAGAAUACGCCCAAAAAAUCCCGAGAGAAGAACUAACUCACUUGAUACUGAAACUUUUGCAAGCCUGGAAAGAACCACUUUCCCACUUUAACCAGCAUAUUGAGCACCAUCAAGAGCUACCUGAUGACAGCCUUAGCAAAGCUAAGCAAAUAAGCAAUAUGGUACACGAGCUGAAGACUGGAGUUGAGAAAGUAACAGAAAAGAUGCAGUCAAUGGGGAUCAUCAGCAAUUCAUUAAAUGGAAUGGCAUCAUCUGAAGCCGCUGGUUUAUCAAUUAGUAAUGAAGCAAAUAUGAUGAGUGACUCUGACUUUAUUCACUGUUUCAGGAGAGACUCCAAUAAAGUACAAAGCUACUUAAAAAUUCUUAAAUGUAGGAUUAUGCCAGCAAAUAGUUGUUGA